AAACACUUUUAUUGUGACGGUACCGUUCCUUGUGUUAAGCUAAGCGGAAGUUGUGUUCCGCGCAGACAAUUUGUGCCUUUUGCAUCAAAAUGGAGGAAGGCGAAGAUGAGACUACGUUUGUCGUGGAAGAUGUCAGCAAAUUAAUAAAAGACUCCAUAGAAACAACCAUCGGCACGAGCUCUUACCAACACGUCCGGGUGAACCAGUGGAGCACCGCCAUUGUGGAGCAGUGCCUCAGUCAACUGUGCAAACUGGGAAAGCCUUUCAAAUAUAUCGUCACUUGUAUCAUCAUGCAGAACAACGGGGCCGGGCUGCAGACUGCCAGCUCGUGCUUCUGGGACAACUCUACUGACGGAAGCUGUGCAGUCAAGUGGGAGAACAAGUCCAUGUGUUGCAUCGUCACCGUUUUUGGUUUGGCAACCUGAAUGUUCAAACGUCUUUGGCCAUCAUCUUGGCCGCUUUUCCACGUGCGUAUGAUGGAUAAUCGAAUAAAAAUGAACCAUUUAUUAUUUUCAAA